CAGAUCGAACUCCUUCUGUAUCUCCCAAGAUUAACCGACUAAACAUCGACCUAUAUAUAUUCAUAAUAAUAACUUUUUACUGUUCCACAUCAAAGAAAACUCGCUUCUCUGCAAUUUAUCCAAUUCUCUCAAAUCCUUUCGCAUAUUUGAGAAGACAAUGGCUCGUACGAAGCAAACUGCUAGGAAAUCCACCGGAGGAAAAGCUCCCAGGAAGCAACUUGCCACCAAGGCGGCGAGGAAAUCUGCUCCGACGACCGGAGGAGUCAAGAAGCCUCAUCGUUACCGUCCCGGAACUGUCGCUCUUCGUGAGAUCAGGAAAUACCAGAAGAGCACGGAGUUGUUGAUCCGUAAACUUCCAUUCCAGAGACUUGUUCGUGAAAUCGCCCAGGACUUCAAGACGGAUUUGAGGUUUCAGAGCCACGCGGUUCUAGCUCUUCAGGAGGCGGCGGAGGCAUACCUUGUGGGUCUCUUCGAGGAUACCAAUCUCUGUGCGAUUCACGCUAAAAGGGUUACGAUCAUGCCCAAGGACAUUCAAUUGGCUAGACGGAUUCGUGGAGAACGUGCUUAAGUUUCUCAAAAUUUCAAUUAGUUUUCGAUCAUGUAUUACUAUUAGUGUUUGGAUUCUUUCCUUUUGUUUUUGUUUCUUCUUUUUCCCUUAUCAAGUACAUGGUGUUAAUCGUUCAACAGCUCCUUGAAGCUAAACAAUGAUAUUAAGUCUUUUUAAAUGAUGAAGUUUCUUUGAUUUC